GAAGCAAUGAAUUCAAACGGUGCUGGAAUGGCAAAGGCGCCUGCCGAUCUUACUGCAUGAGGCAAGAAACCUAUAUGCACCUGUGUCCAGAUGCGUCUCUGUGCUGCCUCGCCUAUUCCAAGGUCUCAGACAAGUAGCUUGCUCUGGCACUGGCACCCUUACUCCCCAAUAAAAUCCAUGCUGCCACCAGA